GAAUGAACGGAACUUAGACGAGUCAUAAUUAUUUUACGUGCAUAUUAAUAAACCAACAAUUGAUUGAAAAUGAUCCGAGGUUUAGUGAUUUUAACUCUUAUUGCUACCGCUUUUGCUGGUGAGAUAGACUUCAACGACUGUGGUGAUGAUAUCAAUUCUCCAACAAGCUUUGAAGUAGCUGGAUGUGAUGAAGCUCCAUGUACGGUGGAAAGAGGAAAAACAUAUGAUUUCACUUUCAAGUUUGAUUCACCUGUAAAUGCUGAUGAUCUGUCUGUCUUAAUCAAAGCUAGAGUUUUCGGUACUUGGCUUAAAUGGCCUGGUGCACCUAAACAAGUAUGUGGCCAAGGAAUCUCUUGUCCUCUUGCAUCUGGUAAAAGCUACACUUACCAGUCAAAAAUGACCAUUCCUGAUGUUGCACCUCCUAAUUUUGCCACUUCAGUUCGGUACUUUCUAAACAAUGCUGCUACCGGUGAAACUGUAUUCUGUAAUCAGUUCCGUGUUAAAGUUGCCUGAAUAGCUUAAUAUCCUGUAAUUCCCAAAAUCGGCCAAUUUCCUAAAAAUUUAAAUCAAUAAAAGAGUAUUAUUUUAAAAAUUCACCAGAAAA